AAAAAUCAUGCAAAAAGUGUAAAAAUAUAGCACAAACAGGACUAAAGUGUGUUAAUUGUGGUGUAGUGAGUCACAACAGUUGUGUGAAACUAUUGAAAAACGUCCAGAUCAUUGACAACAAGACUAUGAUCUGCUGUGAUAAUACCAAAAAUGACGACAACGAUUGUUCGUUUGAAAGUGCGACCAAUGAAGAUGUGGAUGAGGCUGCAUCAAGCACCGAUGUUAAGUAUCUAAAAAUACUUCUUAGACAAAAGGACCGCAUGAUAGAUAGCCUUGAAGACAAAAUUUUAAUAUUAAAGAAUCAAGUAAGUCUCUUGGAAAAAAUGUCCAUCAUUAAUAAUAUGGCGACACCUACAAGUUCUAAUGAAAACUUAAAAUUAAAUAAAAAGGAAAUCUGUAGCAAGCAAACUUUGCCCGAUGCCGAAAAAACUAAACUAAAUAUAAUAAAAUCACCUGUUAGGCAAAACAAUUUACAAGACAAAAAACAACUGCAACAAAAAACAAUAAUAAACAAACCUGAAAUAUCAACACAAACAAAAAUUGAUUUAAUAAAAACAACAAAAAAACCAAAAACUAUAAAAUAUGGUACAGGAAUAGCAUGUCCUACUCUCGGAGCCUUUAUGCCGUUAUCACAUGUUCAUGUAUCUAAGAUAGGAUUGGAGUUUUCUGAUGAGGAUGUUAUUAAGUAUAUUAAAUCCAAAAUAAACAUUGAAGUUAAAUGCGAAGAGUUGCAAGUUAAAUCAAAAACUUUAAGCAGCGGUGAGGCGUAUAAGAUCAAAGAGAGUUCUGAGGUCUUUGUUAUCAGAGAAGCUAUAGGGGAAAUAACCAGGAUAGGGAAAACACUGGAGCAGCACAUGGAGCAGAAUACAAAGCAGGAAGUCAGGGAAGCAUGUGGUAGACUGAGCAGACAAGUGGAGAUAAUCAACAGAAGGAUCGUACAGAACUGGUUAGAAGAACACAGGUACGAAAGAGUCGAAAAAAUGUUGAUAGACGCGGACACACAAACAGAAAACAAAGUCGAACCAGAGAAUAGGAAGAUCAGGAUCGAAAAAAUGGGAGGCAUUCACAGAGAACCAACAGAUCCAAAACUGGAGAGGGGAAUCCAAAAAAUACACGCGGAACGCUACCCCGAGCUGAUAAGCGACAGUAAGUUUGACAUUGUAGAACGACGAAUCUACACACGUACUGGAAACACCGAGAAAGAAACCAGGAAAAGAAUUAUCAAGGCUUCGAUUACUGGCACGGAAAAUGACCUUUGA